CGCGCGCACUUCACAGCGGCAGCAGCACUGGGUGUAGGCUGGAGCGCGUGCGUGCUUGUGUGUGUAUUUAUUAGCUCGUGCUGAGAGCGCGAGCAGGGCCAGAGCCUGUCAGAAACAACAGUGAGCAGUUCGAGGCCUGACUGUCCUUUACUCACCUCCUCUAACUGGGAACUGUGGUCAGCAGCUCUCCACACGGAUUCGACCCACCAUCACCAUCAUCAGCUCGCGUUCUGACAUGGGAAUGUGAAGAUGUACAGCCAUGCUCAAUCAGAGGAUGCAUGAGAUUUAUGACCUGUGACUUUCACAACCUGUCUGUCUGGUGUGGAAAGUGAGGAGAAAACUUAUUUCCCAGCGUCUAUCAUGAGCAGGGAGACGUCACCCACAUGCUGUAUCAUGGAACCGACAGAGGAGGGUGGCCCUGAGUGCAGCCUGAUGGAGCAGCAGACAUGUUCUUCUGCUGAACAACAGGACUCAGAUGCUGACCAUAGACAAGCUAAAAAGAUACAGAAGUCUAAAGGAAAACUGAUUAGGAGUGUAGCUGUUUGCGAGGAGUCUUUACCCUCUGAAUUCAACAGCAAGGAGUCGGAGGUGGAAACUAUUGCAACAGCUGAAAAUGCUGGCAGCUUAGAAUUGGAUGAGGAUGAACAAAGGAGACACAAGGAGGGCAGCACACGGAAAAAGCCCAGCUUAUCCAAAGAAUCAAGUCUGGAAUACACCGACUCCACAGGCAUAGAUCUGGAAGAGUUUCUGAUCACUACUCUAAAGAGCAGCCCCAGAGACAGACUGAUGCUGCUGAAACUGGAGCAAGACAUGACUGAUUUUAUGACAGACAACUGCUCCUAUAAGAAGUUCCCUCAGAUGUCGUCCUAUCACAGGAUGCUGGUUCACAGAGUUGCGGCUUAUUUUGGGCUGGAGCACAACGUGGAUCACAGUGGAAAAGCUGUGAUCAUCAACAAAACCAGCAAUUCCAGAAUACCAGAGCAGCGAUUUGCUGAGCAUGUUCAGGAGGAAAAGGCUGAGGAGAGAAGGUCAAUACUGAAGAGAGACAGCAGCCAGGAGAAAGAGGACAUCCAGCGGAGGGUGCCUUUACUGAAGGAACAGGCGAAGAGUAAGUCUCUUGAAGAGAGAGAGGAGGAGUAUCAGAGAGCGAGAGAGCGAAUCUUCUCUCAGGAUUCAUCCUGUGCUCCUAAAAGUGUUUACAUUGAGACCAGAGUCUCAGAGGACUGCUAUAAUUUGCACAGUGAGACUCAAAGAAAAAGACAGCUUUUCAGUAAAACGAAGGAUGGGUCUGGGCGGCUGUCAGGCAGCAUGCAGAGCAGUUUUGAACAGGAGUGUUACUGGAGUGACUGCCGACCCUGGAGCAGCACAGACUCCGACAGCUCCACAUGGACCUCCAAACCCCUGCACUCGCGCUCAGACAGCAGCUCCAAGCUUUACAAACCAGUGUCAGAGGCAGGGGCUACCAGUGGUCCUCUAUCAGCAGCUCCAGCAAGUAACAGCCCUGCUUAUAUCAUUGUGCCCCCAGAAUCCUCCAUACUUCCUGGCAGUAUUCUAAUUAACCCACACACAGGACAGCCAUAUCUGAAUCCUGAUGGAACGCCAGCUGUUUACAAUCCACCAGCGAAUCAGCAGCCAAUGAGUAAUCAACUUAACACAAUGCAGCCACAAGCCCCACCCCCUCUACACCAGCAGCAGCAGCCGAUGACGACUCAUGGUGUUCCACAAUACUCUACUGUAACGUACCUUCCACCACAGCAGAUGUUAAACCCCUCACAGCUCCACCCACCAGAACAGUGUAGGGAGGAUCUUUCAUCUCAGUUCAGUCACAUGACACUGAACCACCAGUCGUCAGCUGAGUCCUUAGAUCCUCCUGCCUGUUACCUACAGGGAGCACACAGCUAUGCACAACCCCAGCACAGUUAUGCUGCACCGUUUCCUGUAGACAGCUACCUAAACUCAGGAAUGGCUUUGGCCCCUCCUACAGCCCCGCCCCUGCAAACCUGCAGCCAGCAGAACACUCAGGCCUCAGUGUACAGUUACCCAGCUCAGUGUCCCAACUCACUGCAACAGUAUGGACCAGCCAGUUACAGCACACAGACAGGAUAUCCUCCUCUCUUACCCAAUCAGCAACAAGCUUACUCAAGCAUGGUGGGAACUCAGGUGCUACCCCAAACUCAGCAAAGCAUCAUGGGUACCUACCCUUCCUCCUCCUCUUAUCAGAUGGCACCCCAGCUCCAGCCAUACUCUACAAUGCUGGUGCCCAGGCAGGGUGGGCAGUCUCAGAGUGCAGCGCCGCCAGCUGGAGUAUCGGUGUAUUGCAACACUCUGCCUCCUUCACCACCCCCACCAGUCAGCAGCCUGGCAGUCACCUGCCAAUCAAGCAACUGCAGAAACGCAUGUAAUAGAAACCAGAACCAGUGCUGGUACUAACACAAAUACACACACACACUCGCACAUACCUGCACAGUGUGCCACACUGACUUGAAUUACAUGCACAGAUACGGACAUAUGAAUAAAUACAAACCAGAGAGACUCACUGUUUACUACUCUUUAGUACACCAACCAAAAAUAGACAGUAGUGUUUCAGGGUAGACCACCCACAGUCUAGUAGCAUCAAACUACCUACCUGCCACACCUACCACAUCACCAGGACAGUCCAGACACACCCAACCUUUUCUACACAUGUGCCAUUUUAAUUACAACAUGUUUAUUUGUGACUUUUUUUUACAUGCACUGAUGUACUGUAUAUUCUAUAAUGUUGUGCCAGAAUUGCUGUGAUUCUCUUCAGGUUAUAUUUGAUAUUAUAGUAAUAUGUGUUUUAAAGCUAUAUAAUAAAAGUUAUAACAUAUCCUGUAUUGAUGUGAUUGUUAAUUUAAUCCAUAAAUAAAAUAUAUAAGAUAAGAA